ACUGCUGCAUUAUUUUUACCAGACCGCACGGACCUCCCCGCUUUCCCGAGUCCCAAGGAAGUCCUCUCUUACAAGUCUUCUUCAAAAAUAAUCGAAUCGAUUUCAGGCUCGCAAUCAGGUUGUCGCUACUGCAUGUCAUCAUCCCUGCUGGCCGUGGCUCGUGUUUUGUGGAUCAAAACUUUUCUGUUAGAUUCAUGCUCUUUCGGACUACCUCGGAUUUCUCCUAAAAAAUUUAAAGGUUCUCCUACUAAAUAUUCGUUUGUUUGAAAAAUCGCAACAUAAACGAUGACAAAGACUAGGGUCGACUCUGCGGAGUCAACUGAAUCAUCUGAAGACGAUUCGCAGACAGCCUCGAAAGGAUGCUCCCACAUAAGCAAAGCUGUAAUGAUCAAUGUCUUGAGGAAGCAGUUUCAAGGGUCAAAUUUCAAAAUAGUUCCGUCACCCAACUCAUUUCGGUCCCGAGCUAUUCCACCUACUACUGUCAAAUCACAUAACAGCGAUGUGAGAGGUUGCAAGGAAUGCAAAAUGAGUGGAACUAUCAAAAAGGGAGAUGACACCUGGAUAUGCCUACGGUGUGGAACAGUUGCGUGUGGAGAUCCAUCUGACGCCAGUUCACAUAUAAUCAAGCAUUUCUCUCUUCCUCGCUCAGACCCUCAUGUUGUUGCUGUCAAUGUUGACAACUGGACUUGCUGGUGCUACAAAUGCAACAGUGCAGUAGACUCUAACAGCACAAAAUUACUGCAGCAGGCCACUGAAUUUUUGAAGAAAAACUUUAGACCUGGCUCUCUAGUAGAAGAGGUCACAACGAAUGGUACUUCAGCUUUAACAAAUGGAACAAAGGAUGAGAAACCAGGAGAGCCAGAACGCACCUAUGACAAAUCUCACAAAGAGUUUAAUUGUGUUAAGGGCUUGGCUAACCUUGGAAACACUUGCUUCUUCAACUCAGUCGUCCAAUGUUUGGCACACACGCCAGGCCUGCCCACCUUGCUCAGUGAGUCCCAAGAAGGCGAAAAGUUUAGCCUGCCAGGCUUUCCAGCUGACAAGGAAAAGCCUGCUCUGCCACCUCUGGAGGGAACUCUGGAACCCCCAGGCUUUGUUACCAAGGAACUGGCAAGGACUUUUGAGCAAAUGCAGGAGGGAAGUCAAGCUUCAACUGUGAAUCCAAAGUCGCUUCUUAACGCUCUCAACCAGAAGGCUCCUCACCUGGCUGGCACAGGGGAUCAAGAGGACUCGCACGAGCUCUUGCGUACUUUGAUGGAAAGCGUCCGCUCUGAGGAAUUAAGGAGAUAUCAAGGCCAGAUUCUGGAUGCAAUUGGAGUUUCAAGGAAGGACGACCCUGCUAAUGUGGAUGAAGACAAAAAGUACAUGGGCAAAGUGUACAGUAAUAUGGCCAGCAAGCUCUACCUGAGGCCAGACCACUUGUUUCAAGGUCAGCUGAUAUCCAUCCUGCAGUGCCAAGAGUGUUUGACUACUUCGUGUGUUCCUGAGACCUUCCUUGACAUCAGUUUGCCUGUGGUCAGCCAGAGACAGCCGCCUUUUGUCAGAUGUCAAAGCAAAACUCCAGCAGACGCGGAAUCGCCCAGCAAGGAUGUGCCCAGCAAGCACCAGUUGAAGAAAGCUAGAAACUCAAGCAGGAGAGGAAAAGGAAAGAAGGCCAAGGCGAAUCAACAGAAGCAUAACAAUGAAGUUGAUGAUGCUGAUGUGGAGGAUAACGAAAGCCAGGAAAAGUCGGUGGAAACCGAUUCAGCGAGUAACCAAAAAGACGACUCUGACGAAGCUGUCGAUGGCGAUGAAGAGGAGAGUGGGGACGAAAAAGAAGACGAGGGAAAAGAAAAUGGCAAAAAGAUAAGCGAGAACUUGGCAAAUGGUGACGCAGAUGGUGAGAAGUCAUCUAGUGAUGAGAAGAAUUGCAUUGAUGAACUGGAGCAACUCAAGUUGUCAGACAAUGAAACUGGCGCAUGUGCUCUUGCUGAUCCUGAAACCCCCAAAGAAGGUUGUGAUAGUGUAGGCCAUGACAACCAUUCUGCAGAGGAUGACGAUAAUUCUAGAUGGAGCACGACCAUGAUGCCCAGAGUCACUAAUUGUGAUGCAAAAUGUGACUCGACGCUGAAUACUUGCCUCAACCAGUUUGUUGCAAUUGAACUUCUAACUGGCAACAACAAAGUUGGCUGUGAAACCUGUACCAAAAGAGCAGGAAAAUCUGCUGGCGGUAAAACUGUGUGCACCAAUUUUACUAAGCAACUUUUGAUAAGUGCUCCUCCUGCAAUUCUCACUCUCCAUUUGAAGAGAUUUGAAGUGUGCGGGGCUAGGUUUAGGAAAGUUAUCAAGAUCGUCACUUUUCCUUUGAUCUUGAAUUUAGCUUCGUUCUGCUCUGUCAAGUGCUUGGGGCUUCCAACUAUGAGACGAAACCAAACUAAAGUUCUCUACUCGCUGUAUGGUGUUGUGGUGCAUCACGGAGGCCUAAGUGGAGGCCACUAUGUGGCCUAUGUCAAGGCUCAAAAACCACCGUCGGCCGAUGACAUUCGGAAGAGAUUCAUGCUUUCGAACAACGCAAACCAAGGUUUGAAUGCCGAAGAGUGGAACGAUGACGAGACGCCGGAACCUCCAGCUGGAAAGUGGUAUUAUGCAAGUGAUAGCUUCGUUUCUGAGGUGUCCGAGAGCAAAGUGCUGGAGCAACAAGCGUACCUGCUGUUUUACGAACGGUUUUACUAAUUUCUUAAUUUUCUAAGCAACCCCUGCUAAUUACUCAAAUCAGGAGGUGUCGAAACUGGGCAGUUUUCAAUGCAAAAUAAUUAAACGAUUUUCCAUUCAGUCCA